GGUUCUUCCAUAGGGUGGCUAAUAAAAACACACCAAACCGGGCAAACCCCGAAAGUGCUCUUCUUACCUCCCCAAUUAUGGAAACUCCUCUCUGUCUUGUCCUUUUCUUCUUCUUCUUCUCCUGCUCUUCUUCCUAUCAUUCUUCCUCUUCUUUUCGGGUAGAUCGCGAUCCACCGUUCGAGGAUGGGGCGAGGGAAGAUCGAAAUAAGGAGGAUAGAGAACUCGGCAAACCGCCAGGUCACCUACACCAAGCGAAGAAAUGGCAUACUCAAGAAAGCCAAGGAGAUCACCGUUUUGUGUGACGCUGAUGUCUCCCUCGUCAUCUUCUCCAGCACUGGAAAGAUGACCGAGUACUGCAGCUCCUCUACUACGUUGAUAAAGAUGUUGGACGGGUAUCAGAAGGCUACGGGGAAGAAGCUUUGGGAUGCCAAGCACGAGUUCCUGAGCAAGGAGGUUGAUAGAAUCCAGAAAGAGAACGAUUGCAUGCGGAUCAAGCUCAGGCAUUUGAAGGGCGAGGAUCUGACAUCACUGCAUCCGAAGGAACUGAUCCCUAUCGAGGAAGCUCUCCAAAAUGGUCUCACCAAUGUUCGAUAUAGGCAGGUUGAGCUGUGGAAGUUGCUAAAGAAAAAUGAAAGAACAUUGGAGGAGGAGAACAAGCACUUGAGUUAUAUCUUGCAUCAUCAGCAGUUGGUAACGGAUAUGAAUGUGAGAGAGAUGGGUUAUGGGUACUGUGAGAAAGAAAGUGAGUAUCCUUCGCAUAUGCCUUGCACCUUCCGUGUGCAGCCAAUCCAGCCCAACUUGCAGAACAAAUAGUACUGUCCACGGCAUCCAUCACGUACUCUCUUCGAUCCCCUUCCAGACACACAUUGGCCCCCUUUCUUUAUGGGGGUUCAAAUGCAGAUUAUGUUUACAGUUUACUAGAAUGCGAUGGUGAUGAAACUUUGACUUUUUAGGGUUAUUGCAAAUGUUUGGACGUUUGACGUUAAGGAUGUUUGAGGAAAGAAAAACUGCCCUUAUUAAUCUCAUAAACUUGUUAAUCUUGGCCCCCUAUAUUUGUAGGGGUUAAUGCAGAUUAUUCUUAGUAG